UUACCCCUUUUUCAUCAUUUUUUUUCAUUAGAACAUGACAUCUUCUGACAAUACACUCGAAAGUAUUCCUGCUGAUCAACAAGGAAGUUUCUCUUCUUUUCUCAAGACAUUAGCGUCCUUCACUGGUGAUCUUUCCAGCUUGACCUGCCCAUCUUUUCUGUUGGCACCCAUCUCGUUGUUAGAAUACUCUUCUUUCUGGGCAGAUCAACCUGAGCUUCUGAGCUCGGUAGGUAAAUCCGAUAACGCAGAAGAGCGUUUCUAUGCUGCCAUCAAGUGGUUUAUUUCUUCCUUGAACGGAUCUUUCAGUAGCCGUGUUCCUAAGGGAGAAUGGGAAAAGAAGCCCUUUAACCCUAUUUUGGGUGAGCAAUUCCUCUGUCAAUGGCAGGACAAUACUCGUAUUGUUUGUGAACAGGUGUCUCAUCAUCCUCCUGUAUCUGGAUUCUAUAUCGAGAACAAGGAAGCGGGUGUGAUUGUCAAUGGUCAUGAUGGUCAAAAGACUCGUUUUUCAGGAACACAAAUGUUGGUCGAUCAAAUUGGUUACUGUACACUCAAGCUCACUCAACGUGAUGAAACCUACUUGUUUACCUUGCCCUCUGUCUCUGUCAAUGGCAUCUGGUACGCUGCACCUUAUGUUGAGCUUUAUGGCACUUCAUUCGUUCAUUCUUCCAGUGGAUUCUCAGCUGCUAUUGAAUAUACCACCAAGGGUUGGAUUUCAGGCGAAGUUCAUCAUUUCAAGGCCACCGUCAGCCACGAGACCUUAUCGACACCUACUGUGAUUGAAGGACAGUGGACAGGUAAAUCCACCAUCACCAAGAACAAAAAGACCGUCGAUUUCCUUGAUUUGACCACUCUGGAAAAACCCACACCCAUAAUUGCUCCUCUUGAGCAACAAGAAGCCUUUGAAUCCCGUCGUAUUUGGAAAAAGGUCUCGGACGCUUUAAAGUCGGGUGAUUACGCCGUCGCCUCCGCCGAGAAAUCCGCUAUUGAAAAUCAACAACGUGCGCUUCGUAAAGAACGUGAGACUACCGGUGAAGUUUGGGUUCCUGCCCAUUUCACCAAGGUUGCCGGGGAAGACAUUUAUGGCGAUCUUCGUGAAAAAAUUGUCGCCAAGGCUGAUUCUAAGUUUAUAGAUACGAUGGGUGAGGGUGGUUGGAUGUACAAAGCUUAAAACAACAUAUAUACAUAUACACAUAUAAAAAAUAAACUCAUAAAUGAAUAAGACUA